AAACUGCCCGAUUUCAACCUGAAAAUGGUGUGCAAACAUACGAAGGACUUGCUGAAGGAGGCGGGGAAGCCGGCGAUGCAGGCCUUCAAUAACGCGGCGGCGGUGAUGGCUUUGUAUAGCGUAAAGGAUUCGAAGAGGAUGGAACGGGCGAGUGUAUUUCAGAAGUGUCAGGUUUGUCAGGACCCGCUAAAACGAACCUUUACCUGUCUGCAAUGUCCAUUUGUCGGGUGUUUCCGCGGUAAACAUGCCGAGGCACACGCAAAGAAAGUUGGACACCUUUUCGCGUUCGAUUUCGCAAGUGGACAGCUCUAUUGCUGGGCUUGUCAGGACUACGUCUACGUUCCCGUCUUUGACAAGAUCCGCAAGGUCAAGGAGACUGCCGCCGAGAACCGCGUUGCCAAAAGACACGCAAACAGCAAACGCGUGAAAUUAAACGACUGGGAACCUACAUCCGAAGAGCUUGCAAAGAUCAAAGAGAACACAAAACCACCCGCAUGUCAAGCUUCUGGACUACGCGGAAUACAGAACCUGGGAGCUACGUGCUUCAUGAGCGUCGUACUACAGAGUUUGAUCCACAACCCGCUUAUACGGAAUUACUUCCUGAGUGAGAGGCAUUCAAAGCGGAUGUGUGGGAGGACGCAUUGUGUUUGUUGUGCGAUGGAUGCGAUCUUCUUCUCAUCCGCGACGGAGGACAUACAAUCUUUCGGCCCGUCGUCCUUCCUGGCUACGAUGUGGCAGUCCUCAACCGAACUCGCUGGAUACGCCCAACACGACGCCCACGAAUUCCUCGUAACCCUCCUCAACCAAAUCCACCUCCACACACCCACCCACACAAACAAAGGCCACUGCCACUGCAUCGUGCACCAGACCUUUGGCGGCGUCCUCAACAACCAAAUCACCUGCGGAAACUGCGGGAACGUGAGUGUUGCGAGAGAUCCGAUGAUGGAUCUCAGUUUAUCGAUCGCGAGUAACGGGGUACCGACGAUCGACGGGGAAGGUGUGACGUUGAGGGAUUGUCUGGAGCGAUUUAUGGGGAAUGAGAAGUUGGGUGCGGAACAUCGAUGUGAGAAGUGUGGAGCGCAGGAAUCGACGAAGCAGAUGAGCAUCAAGAAAUUGCCGCCUGUAUUGGGUGUACAACUAAAGCGUUUCGAACACUCCUCGCUCUCAUCAGGAAAAGUCGACACCUACGUCCGCUUCCCCAUCCAACUCGACAUGCUCCCCUACACCACCCGCGCCCACAACUCCCCCGAACACCCCCUUGACCCGGAGAGCGGUAUGUACGACCUCUUCAGCGUCGUCUGCCACGUCGGACAACUCAACACAGGUCACUAUCGCAACUUUGCCCGAAGUGGAGACAACUGGUUCCUGUUUGAUGAUCAUAUGGUAACGGCGGCGACGGAGGGGCAGGUUACGAAGAGUCAGGCGUAUUUGUUGUUUUAUGUUAAGAGGAGACUGGAGUUUGCGGAUAUUCAGGAGGCUUGAGAGAAGCGCAUGUGUGGUAGAAGGGGGAGUUGGCGAUGAUGGUGCAUUUUUGGAAUUUAGGCAUGGCAUGGCAAAGGCGUACAGCUGAUCAUAGAAGCAUUUGAAUAAUAUAUUGGUUGC